AUGACAACUUCAACCAAAAAGAAUCGUAGAUUAUCAGAACCACCUACUCCUACUCGCAACUUUGCCUCUGAAUCUAAUUCAUCAGUACGCAGAACUCAAAGUGAAAAGAGAUCACGAUCCAAUUCAGCAAGUCAUGGUAGUUUUCCUUGUCUUCAUCCUGGAUGUGGCAAAGUAUUCAAUCGCCCAUAUAAUCUGACAUCCCAUAUGCGUACUCAUACCUCAGAAAAACCUUACGCUUGCAGUCAAUGUGGUCGAAAAUUUGCUCGUCAACAUGAUCGUAAUAGACAUGAAAAGCUGCAUUGGGGAAUUAAACCUUUUGCUUGUCAAAUCUGUAAUAAAGCAUUUGCUCGUAUGGACGCAUUGAAUCGACAUCUUCGUGUAGAAAAUGGAUGUGGAAGUCAUAUGAUCAAAAUCGAACAACAUCAACAAGCUCUAUAG